AUGGUGUCUUCACCAUCUCCAGAUAGCACACGGAUUGGCCGCUUCAACAUGACAGGUCUCACUGCGCUGUAUCAUACUUCUACAUUUGCUGCAGGUUUCAGCAACAAUGAGCGUCAAGCAGCCGCACGGGCUUUGCUCAGGCAUGAUGCUCAUAUUGAUGGCUCCCAUUAUCAGACUAGGAUGUUGGGGGGUCUUCACCCAUCAUACAUCAGCUUCAAUCAGUCGAGCAAUGUGAACAAGGCAGAAGAGUGGUCCCUUACACAUAGCAAGCUGCUCGAUGCAGCCACCCAGGAUGUAUUUGAUGCACUCACCAUGCAAGACCGUCUUGAUGGUGGGAUAUCCGUUCUCAUUCGAUGUGCUGGCAGUGAAACUCCACCAAAUCUCUCCCCCAAACAAGCAUUCGCACAAGAGUUUGCAGUACCUCAUUUGCAGCGUUUUGCAACCCGCUGUGCCAUUGAAAAGGUGAAACCCAGUAGGCACUGUGAAGUCCCUGCAACUCAUAUCAGCGCUACUGGACCACAACACAUCCCUCCACCUAUGGUUGCCACAGGAACUCGAAUCCAAUGCUCUGCGCAAGCCCCAGACACCUUUUCCACCAAUCUACAGUCCCCUCUCCAUCAUUCGGACUCUGCUGCCAUUCGUCAUGAUGCUGCACUCGAUCGGUUGAAGUUAGGUGACGAGAAUUUGCUGAAACUCCGAAUGUUAGUAGGAACAGUUUGCAGCAGCUGGUGGGAGGCGGUGUUCAGGUCCCCGAAGUGGGACUUGACUUAUGAACAAGCUUCCAUCUUGUCUAAUGCCCUCCUCAUGGACCUACAGCAUCAGUCAUCAGUGCUUACCACCAUCCUCAAGAUCCUCGGCAUUUUAGUUUUUUCAUUACGGAAUGAUGUGAUAUUUGAGCCUAACCGCAAUGUUGACGGACUUAAAAAAUACCUUCUCUUGCCAAUGGUUGCCCAGUCAUUCUUCACCAACAAGUGCAGUUCAAAUGUCAGACACAUCCAGCCACCUGCCUGUCAACGUUCAAACAUUCUGCUCAGUAAAGAAGCCCGUGCCACUCUCAGGCUUGAGCGACGCACCAAAUCCCUUGGGUUCAGGGACGCGUUAGAUGACACAUGGAAGCAGCUCAAUGAUGCUACCAAAAUAAUUGCGACUUCACACCAUAAAAGUCAUGGACUUCUCCGCUCAAGGCGCUCUAAGGCCAAUUUAUGGAACACGUUCUGCUGGAAGAAAAACCAAGAUAAAGAGAACGAUAGCCAUGGUAAAGCGGUGCUACAAACACUUGUCUGUGAACACAAGCCUGAAUACUUCACACUCUCAAAUGAAGAACAAGUUGAACUUCUCACCGAGUUCACUGCAUGGAAAGAGAUGAAGAAGACAGGUGUUCGUGCCAUAACCAAGUUGAAAAUCAAUGAUAUCACGCAAACCUUGAAGGCAGUGGAAAACGAGCUCAAGAGCCUCCAUUGUCAUACAGGCGCGGAAUCUAUUCUAUACACUACACAUGGAUCUACAGAUGUUCCCCUCCGAGGUGUCACAUUUGCCACUCAAGGUGUUGACAACUUCAUGGACACUGUCAUGGGUAUUGAUAAUCAAGAUUUAGUCAGCAAAAUGGAAGGCUUCGCCAUCCAGGGGAUGAAAGGUUCUGUGAAAAACCACCAGAAGCGUGUCUCUGAUAAACAAGAGUGUACUGGUGAGCCUGGCGCAAAGAUGCAAUGGGCACAUUACUUCCGCAACGUCGUUCAGCAGUACCAGGUUGUUGUGGAAGGAUGGCCUGAUGAAAUUCCAUUUACAAAUCUUAGUCAAGUAUCAAGUGCACUCCCAGACCUCCAGAUGCUUUGCAAUAGGUGGGAUCAUGGUACGACAUGCUGGAGGUCCUUGAGCGACGAAGAAUUUGAGAAACUCCAUCUGGAGCAUGAAGAGAAGCUCGAGAGUGGCGCGAUAAUUGAUCGUUGCUGCCGCACUCGAUCUGACAAAGGGAUGAAGCACCACAGUGCAGCAACAUCUGCAACAGCUCAUCACCGUUGCAAACAGUACAAGAGUGCAGAGACUAUUGGGGACAGCGAUGGCAGUGAUACAGAGCCAGCUGUUCGCGAUACAGAGCCAGCCAUUUGCGAUACAGAGCCAGCUGUUCGUGAUACAGAGCCAGCUGUUCAUGGUGAUGACUUCAUCAUUCCCUUUGACUGUGAUGCAAUGUUAGCUGACUUAGAUCGAAUAUUUGGCCCCGCACCUGCUAUGAGUUUAAUGUUGGAGUGA